AUGUCCAGGGACUUCAAUGGCACCACAUGCAAGGCUGCUCUCGACUUCGAUCUCUCCAUUCUGCAGGUGACGUUCUUACCCGCUCUGAGUCAGAGGCAUGUCGAGGCCCAUCCGCACUGGGUGCUGCCAUCAGGCGAGAUUUUUGCAGACUGGAGGGACAUCUGGCAGAUCUUUGCGGUGACGGAAGCCCCUGAUGACAAAUUCAUAUGGCGCGUUUACCAUGAUCGGCGCCUCACCAUGCUGCAGGUCGUCCCCACUCCGCACACUGGGUGCGUUGACUACCCUGAGCCAGGCCAGCAGAUCGCGAACCGUGCCCCCGAGAACAGGCUGGACGCUGUCUUGUGGCAGGACGUCAAAGAGACAAUUGGAGUAAAGAUAUUCCAAAAGCUGCAAGUGCGCGAGGGCAAGGGGCACAAACUGGCGCGCAGAUGGCUGAGCUACCAGGAGCACCGCGGCCAGAGACCCACCGGCAAGUAUGGCACGGACUUGGGCAUCCUCAACAUCUUCGACUGGGACACCACAGACCCUGACGCCCGCGAGGCGAUCGAGCCCAGCGCGGGAUGGGACGCCUGGAGCGCCGACAACCAAGAUGACCUGCCAAAGGACCUCUGGGACCUCUGGGAACAUAUUCAGAAGGGGCCAGACACGCACUGGCCCCCCAUGGAGGUCCUGGCGGAGGACGAGGCGGAGGACAGAGACGACGAGGACGACGCCCCGAGGGGCCGAGUCCGCACCCCAGCCUCGGUUUGGCCAUCUGCCGCUGCCCAUGGCAAGCGCGGCAGGUCCCGCAGCCGCACGAGGCAGUCGCGGACAGGAGAGGCGUCACGGGCAUUCGGCGGCACCGCCAUGCUCAUGCGCGACAAGUCGCGCGCACCGGAGCGCGACGUACGCGACCCAGCUGACCUUCCGCACCUCGAUGUCUACAGCAUCGCGAGGGCGGCAGAGGAGCGCGUCACCUUCUUCGACGCCGCGGACGAGCCCGCGGAGCAUCAUCGUGCUGGGGACGUCUCCUCCUGUGUGGCCAAGAUCCACGAGCUGCGGUUCGACCCGCUAGACUUCUGCGUCUACGACCCGGACCCCCUCUCACAGAAGGCGAAGUGGAUGUCGGAGCAGGUCUACAGGGCGGCCAUCGAGCUCACCAAGGACUUCUCGUGGACUGACAUUGACCCAGAGAUCGCGGAUGAUGACGCCAUGCAGAUUCAUCUCGCGGAGGUCGGCCAAUACCGAGCCAGUUUGGCGAGCGAGAUACACCUUCUGAACGCUCAUCGCGACGCGCUGGACUUGGUUCACCGCGACCUGUACAUGGGUCGCGAAGAUGCGCCGCCCAUCUCAGCCGAGGCCCACAAUAUCGAGGCUUGCAUGCAAUACUUGCAGCAAGCGGAGGCCCGGGCGCUCUGGCGUGGAGUACGCACGACGCCGGACACCUUCCAGCGCGCCGCGGUCGAGAUGUGGCCACAGCACGUGCACGAGGCAGCUGUGCGCGCCCUUGCCAUCUGGGGAAUGCACGGAGCAGCGGCGCUCAAUCCCGCGCGCCCUGUGUCGCCGUCCACAGCAGGGCGACAGGGCGACUGCGGCACCGCGGACCGGGCUCGGGCGACCGCGGCAAGGGCGGUCGCGGCAGCUGGGGAGAUCGCCGUGGCGACGGCUGGGAUUGGCGCUGGCGCCGCGGCGACUGGUGGGAGGUUGCAAGGAAGGUGCCCCGCGAUCUCGCCAGAGCUUGGUGGGCUGAACAUGAGCCUGGGCCCCCCCCCUACCCGGGCGCUGGAGGAGCUGCUGCGGGAGACCGAUGCCGACGAGCUGCUCCAGACCGUGAGCCUGAUGCAGAACCAGGUCGUGAGAAUCAGCAGGGAGUACAAGUCGAAGCUGCAGGAUGCCAAGAACGUGGGCGUGGGCGAAAGGAGGGUCACCACAAAGGCACAAUUCAAGGGGCUGGGAGACCUCAUCGCGGCCACCUCGAAGAAGGAAGAUCGGCAGGUUAGGUCGGCAGAGUUCGCCUUCGGCAGCAACGAGACUGCGGUGGAGGACAGCUUCUUGCACAGCCGGGGUACCCGCGGCGCGCUGGAGGAGCAGAUGUUGCGUGUGUGCAAGGCGACGCAGGUGUCGGUAGACGUGCUGGAGGAGUUGUUGGGCCCUGCUGGCCAGCGCGACUUGUUCGAGGAUCACAUGAAGGUGCUCGAGUACGCCCGCACGAAGCGCCAGCUGGUCGAGAAGCGCCUCGACGGAGAGCGCCCCAAGUGGAAAAGCCCGCCGUCCAGUCCGUCCAACAAGUGGCGCAACAAGGACCCGCCGCCAGCGGAGCCCGCCGCGCCGGCCGUGCCCACGCAGGCGGCCCACGUGCCGCGCGGCAGCACCGGCGCCGCGCAGAGGGGCGCCGGCGGAGGCAGCCCGGGCAGGACCGACGGCUCGCCCUCCGGCCGGCGGGGCACCGCCGUCGCUGCCGCCUCGCCGCAGGGCGGCGUCGCGGGCAGAGGCAGGCCAGCCACAGCGGGGAGCAGCGGGGGCCCCCGCCCCCCCCUCCCCUGGGAGGCCCAUCGGGGUCGACGCCCCUCGCGAGGCUCCGAGCAUCGAGCGAUAGAGUCGAGCAGCCUGUGGAAGUCGGUCUGGAUCCCGUUUCUGGCAAGAUAGCUGCGCACACAGCUCAGCAUUGGCGGGAGAGGAGGUGGGUUUGCAGCAACGCUUCCCCACCUCCGUGGCCAUUUGCCUCAGAGGCCCCACAGAGGGCCGUGCUGGCAGCACACUGCGCACUGUACACCAGCGUUGAGUCUAGGAAAAAGUCAUUCGAUGCGAUGGGGUCCCCUACGGGGGUGGUAAGUCAAAGAGAAAGCAACACAACACACAAACUUGUGAAGUCCCGCGCGGGCUAUCCGAAGUUUCUGUUUGUGCAGUGUGUCCUCCUUCUCGUGAGGAACCCAGCUCCCCCAGCUGUGGCCGGUCGGAGAGGCCCGAGGGUAUCCUUCGCCGCGGGGCCGCCGCAGCGUGGGUCUAUGUCCAGCCCGCGCCGUGAGUAGGAGGCCGUCAUCCCUCCUCCUUCUCUGGGCGGGGGCUUCUUCCUCAACCUCAAUCCCCCUCCCGCUGUCGGCGUCCUGGCCUGGCGCCGAUCAGAGCAGCAAGAACCACAUGAGCAGGUAUCCGGAAUCCGCCAUUUGUCGUCUUCUUCUUCAGGGUCGUGCGCUGGUCGACCUUGUAUGAUAGCUUUCUCAUCCGUCCCCGCCCGCCCGCCGCCCGAGGCGGCUCCUCCGCCCCGCCGAUCGAGCUGCGAGGGUGGCGACUGGCUCUCCCGCGGCAAAAAAGCUGCAGGUAUGCUUGCGGCCACCCGGCACACGUCGGAGGGUCUCGAGUCUCGAGGUAUGUUCCUCCUCUUCCGCCUCCUCAUCCUCCGCAUUCCCUUGUGUCUGCCUCUCUCCUCCUCUCUCCUCCUCUCUCCUCCUCCUCCUUCUCCUCCUUCUCCUUCUCCUCCUUCUCCUCCUUCUUCUCCUCCUCCU